AUGCCAUCAGCAACAAAGGCAGAGUAUGUGGAGGGUGGAGGUGUGGUGGGUGAGGGGGAGUGUGGUGGCAUUGUGAGCCAGUUGGAGGCCUCUGGGCUGGGUAGAGAGCGACAUGCCCACUCCUGUCUAAAGGUCCCCAGGGAGCUUCUGAGGAGCUUCCCUCACUCCAAACGGGUGGGCUCCUAUCUGGUGGGGAAGAUGAUCAACAAGGGCUCCUUCGCUAAGGUCAUGGAGGGGCUACACAUCAGCACAGGAGAGAAGGUGGCCAUCAAGGUGAUUGAUAAGAAGAAGGCGAGGCAGGACUCCUACGUUCUAAAGAAUAUGAAGAGAGAACCUCGUAUUCACCAGAUGGUCAGACAUCCUCAUAUAGUAGUUCUACUGGAGACCCUGGAGACAGAGAACAGUUACUACAUGGCGAUGGAGCUGUGUGCUGGAGGAGACCUGAUGGACCGAAUCUGUGAGAAGAAACGUCUGGAGGAGAGAGAGGUCAGGAGAUAUACACGCCAGAUCCUCUCUGCUGUGGAACACCUACACACACACGGCAUCAUACACAGGGAUCUGAAGAUUGAGAACUUCCUCCUGGAUGAACACAACAACAUCAAGAUUGUUGAUUUCGGUCUCAGCAACACUCUGAAGGUAGAGAGAGAGUCUGCUGAGCUGCUGAACACCCAGUGUGGAAGCCCAGCCUAUGCCGCGCCCGAGCUGCUCGCCCACAGCAAGUAUGGACCCAAGGUCGACGUCUGGUCCGUGGGGGUCAGUAUGUUUGCUAUGCUGACUGGGACGUUGCCUUUCACUGUUGAGCCGUUCAACAUCAAACAGCUGCAUCAGAAGAUGGUCAAUGGAGAGAUAGGAACCAUACCCAAUGAUAUCAGCAAAGGUGCGGUAGGUUUCGUCCUGUCCCUGUUGGAACCAGAGCCUUCUAAACGGCCGACAAUCAGAUCAGCUAUGGAGGAGAAAUGGAUCAAUGAGGGCUACACCAGAAAACCUUUACACACACUGUCACACAGGAACAGGCUGCGUCCUGAGGAUCUGAACCAAUCGGUGCUGUCCUACAUGACAGAGUCUCUGGGUUACAGUCUGAGUGACGUCACCACCAUGCUGACCAAUAACAGGCCUUCUGCCAUCCUGGCCUCCUAUCAGCUGCUGCUCAGCAAACUGACCCGCGGAGAGAAAGGGGCCAGAGGCAUCAAGACUGAGCCAGCCAAUGAGAAGGUCUCUAAGCAGUCCAGCCGGCCCCCGAGGAGCCAACCACAGUCCACAGAGGAGGAAUGUCUCAGCAACAAGAAGAGACAGGAAGACCCUCCCACAGAGACCCGCCCCUCUUCCACCUCUCUCCCCCCUUGCCUCCCUUCCCUUUGCCCCACGCCCCUCGUUGAUGAAGAGGUCGCCAUCACACUGUUUCCUGAAGUCUCUGUGUUCCAGUCUCUGUGUUGUGUUCCAGUCUCUGUGUUCCAGUCUCUGUGUUGUUUUCUGUGUUAUGUGUUCCGGUCUCUGUGUUAUGUGUUCCAGUCUCUGUGUUAUGUGUUCCGGUCUCUGUGUUCUGUGUUCCAGUCUCUGUGUUAUUGUUCCAGUCUCUGUGUUCUGUGUUCCAGUCUCUGUGUUCUGUGUUCCAGUCUCUCUGUUCCGUGUUCCAGUCUCUGUGUUCUGUGUUCCAGUCUCUGUGUUCUGUGUUCCAGUCUCUGUGUUCUGUGUUCCAGUCUCUGUGUUCUGUGUUCCAGUCUCUGUGUUCUGUGUUCCAGUCUCUGUGUUCUGUGUUCCAGUCUCUCUGUUCUGUGUUCCAGUCUCUGUGUUCCAGUCUCUGUGUUCUGUGUUCCAGUCUCUCUGUUCUGUGUUCCAGUCUCUCUGUUCUGUGUUCCAGUCUCUCUGUUCUGUGUUCCAGUCUCUCUGUUCUGUGUUCCAGUCUCUCUGUUCUGUGUUCUAGUCUCUUUUCCAGUCUCUUUGUUCUGUGUUCCAGUCUCUGUGUUCGGGGACAGAGAGCUGGUCCAUCUCACACCUCCUAAAAGCUCUGCCUCCAAGCUGUGUGACUCCGCCCCCCUGCCACGCCUGUUGGAACCAACUAGAGAAGGCCAGGUCCGUCCAGUCCGUCCACCACACGCGCUCAGAACCGCACACUCCGAUGGGGCGGAACUCGACAACAGCCACCUCCACGACGACCACGACGGUUGUCACGAUGACCACGUUCACCAUCGCCGCCACGGCAACAAUGACCGGCUAAAGAAGCUGCAGACGUUCUACUCCUCGGAGACGAAGGGCGGAGUGUCUAUAUCUCCCAGAAUGACCCUGGAGACCACGGAGGCUCGCCCCUCGGACAGAGAACACCUGGCAGGUGCCAUGGAAACAGGCCAAACUGCCCCGCUACGGAAUGCUGGGCUGAAGGAGGGAGGUGGGGGAGGAAGGGGGAGGAAGGUCACAUGGGUGGGCCACAUGGUACGGCCGCAGGGCACCAUAGGGCUACUGGUCAAUGGGUCCAAACCCCCGGCCUUCCCCUCCCAUAGACAGCAUGCUCUUGUCAUCAAGAGCCUUCGCCAGGAGAGGGGGAGGAGAGGAGGAGCAGAAGGAGGAGGAGGAGGAGCAGGAGGAGGAGGAGGAGGAAGAGUGAAGCGUAACUCGGUUCAGCUGCGUCAGUCCUUACAGCGUCGAGUAGCUGACCUGAACCUCCCUCUGCUCCCAGCAGCCCCGCAGAGACCCCACUGACCUAAGACCCUAACCCUACUGACCCUAACCCU